AAUACUAUUCGAGAACAUUCGAGAGAAUCGAUCUAUUCUAAUCAUAUUUGGUUUGUUAUCAUGUUGUCAACGGUUCUUUUUAUUCCACGAUAACGAAGAUUUACCGUAACCGUAAAAUUAAUUAUUAACUUAUUACGUCGCAACAGUGUUAAAAUGGAGUCCAGCAAAUCAGACUCUACUCCGAAACAAGCUAUGGUCUAUAUUUGCGGAGAAUGUCAUCAUGAUAACGAGAUUCGCCCUAGAGAUCCAAUUCGGUGCAGGGAAUGUGGAUACAGAAUCAUGUACAAGAAGCGCACGAAGAGACUCGUUGUGUUUGAUGCACGAUAAGCACGAGUGAAGAAUAAUGGGAGUAACGUUAAUUUUCCUUAGAUUUGCUAGAAUACUUAUUGUGUAUAUUAAGGUCAUUUAAUUUUUAAUAAAAUAAUACUCGGUAUUUUUACCGGAAA